AUGUACGAUUCGACCCAGCUUAAAGACGUACUUCUUGCCAGGGAUAUCUGGGCUACAAAGCACUACGCGAUCGCCAUGGGUGGAAUCAUUGGUUGCUUCGUUGUGUGCCACUGGUUGAAUAUAACAUACUUCAAAUAUGGCCAAAGAAAAUCAGGCCCAAUCGUUCAAAGUAUCUGGCAGUUUCAAAGAAUGGCACAGCGAUUUCUCAACAAUGUAAUUCUCAGCACACGCUUAUACAAAUUUUUGAUCUACCUUCUCUACUGGACUAUUAACUGCAUUCUGCUGCUGACAAAUCUCACUUGGGAAAUUCUUAUUAUUGGCAAGCGCUUCGGCUGGAUAACCGUGGCAAACCUGACACUUGUUGUGUUUCUUUCCCUGAGGAACACACCUCUAGCUCCACUGUCAGGAAAUUCCUAUGAGAAGGUACGCCCGCUUCACAAGGUCGCCGGCUACACAACCAUCUUCUCCGCCCUCAUCCAUGGUCUUAUAUCCGUGAUAGCAUAUCAUGAACACGGCCACAUAGACAAGUUCAAACAUCCCGAGAACGUUGCUGGUUUAAUUGCCGGCUUCUGUUUGCUGAUAAUGGGGAUAUCAUCCAUGCGAUGGUUUGUUCGUCGAAACUAUGAAGCUUUCUACAUGAUUCACGUUGGCUUUUUUAUGCUAGUUAUUAUUGCUCUAGGCCUGCACCGCACCGACUUUGCAGAGAGCACAAUCAAGAUCAACAUCUUCAUUGCAUGCUUAUGGUUUACAGACCGGCUUUUCCGCCUUGCCAAAACAUGCUGGAACUUCGUCGGUAAUUAUGCGAUUCUCACUCCGAUGGCCGAUGGGGCCGUAAGAGUCAAACUUCGGCGUUCACUUGCAUGUCACCCUGGGUCGCACGCCUUCCUAUGGAUUCCGUCUAUCCGUUUGCUAGAGACCCAUCCUUUUACACUUAUCUCGAAUAGCCCAAGUGAAUUUCUAAUUCGCGAAUACGACGGUUUUACCAGUUCUCUUUUCAAGGCUGCACGGGAAAAUCCUGGCAAAGCCUGGCGUUGCUCCGUUGAUGGGGGCUACGGGCAGGUCCCGGACUUUAAGAGAUUUGACCGGGUUGUCUUAGUUGCUGGUGGUAGUGGUGCUACCUUCACCUUCUCUAUCGCAAGCAGUAUUGUAAGAGAACGGAAAGCUCGGGGUACUACUGUGCAGAUUGAUUUCAUUUGGGUUGUGAGGUAUGCUGAUUGCUUGAACUGGUUUGCUGAAGAGCUCAAAGAACUCCGAGAGACCCCCUUUGUCAAUUUAAUAAUUUAUGUCACCCGCAAUAAUGUCAUUUCAGAGGACGCCUCAAUUCCAGAGAUGAUUGAGGCCAAUGGCUCUGAGAAUAUCGCAUCGUCAGUGAUUGGCGACAUCGAAAAGGGACAAAAGGAAAAUGAUAAGGAAGCUUUCCCUGCCCCUGAAUUCAGGAAGGGCCGUCCGGAUAUUCCGUACCUACUCACCGAAUGUCUGUCUCGCUGCUCAAUAGAAGAUCGUGUCGGCGUUGGUGCUUGUGGCCCAUCUGAUCUUCUGGAUUAUGUCCGUGAGGGCGUCUCUCGCAAGGCGUAUGAUCAUGGGCCGUCGAUUGCAUUCCACUAUGAGGACUUCCGUUGGUAA